AUGCCUUGCGGAAGCGCUUUUGCGCUACUCUCGGCGAGGAACCGGAAACAACACAAAACUGGACGUCCACCAGCAACAUCAAAAGCGACACCUGAGCAACGCCGAAACGCAAGCAAAGGCAAAGAAACACCAAAGAAGACAACAACAACAAGCGAGCAAAGUGCAAUUGGGGUCGUUCAUGCUGCUAGAAAACACCGUGAGAAGGGAGCGGCUCUUGUCUUCCUAAUUUGUGGAGGGUCUAACGCUGGGAAAACAACAACUGCCAAGAAACUUGUCAGCAUGUUACAAGCAGAGGGUGCAACGGCGAUCUUGAUAAAACAGGACAGUUAUUAUCUACCACCUGACAAGGUUGAAUAUAUCAGAAGUCAAGCGGGGAAUCUAACGUACUACAACUACGAUUCAAUCACUGCAAUCAAUAUACCUCUGCUCAUAAAUGCUGUCAUUGAUGCUACUCAUCAAGCGUCGUAUGUUGUUGUGGAAGGAGGAUUUCUAACCGAAGAGCCAGAAAUGAUGCAAUUAAUGGAUCGACUGCUGUUUUUGACGAUCGACCAAAAAACCUGCCGUCGGCGCCGUUUGAUGAAGGAAUACGACCCACCCGAUCAGGAAGGAUAUUUUGAUGAGCUUGUGUGGCCCUCCUAUGUUCGCAUACAACGGAAUGCAAUGAAGGUUGCACGGUCUGAUAAACGCUACGUUUUCAUUGACAUGAGCUCGAACUCGGAUGUCACUUGCCCGGAAAGCAUUGUGGAUCUACUUCAAUCGUUUCACGAUGAUUUGAUUCGCAUAACAUUUGACCGGCUUGAUGUUGAAGAGGCAUUCAACUUGGUUAGAUCAGCAGCUUGUGGAGCGACAUCAGUCUUUCUGGGGACAACAAGAGACAACUUCAAUGGGAAAGAAGUCAGUAGACUGGACUAUGAAAGCUACGACGAAAUGGCAUACAAGGAAAUGAGGCAGCUUUGCGCAGAAGUUCGUCGAAAGUUCCCAACCAUUGAAAGGAUUGUAUUUUGGCAUCGUGUCGGUGAGGUCCCGGUAGAAGAAACGUCUGUGAUUGUUGCCGCGGCUAGCCCACAUCGAGAAGAGGCCAUACAAGCUGUCGAAAUGGGAAUCAACGAAAUCAAGAGGCGCGUGACCAUUUGGAAAAAGGAAGUCUACACAGAUGGUGGAUGCGUUUGGAAAGAAAAUGGUGAAUGGCGCACGAUGAAGGAGCCUCAAGAACCAUCAACCACAGAAGAACGCUCCUUUGCUGUGGCCAGUCGGACUCGUCAUCAUUGUCCAAAGCUAUUAUGGUUGCAACAAUUGACAACACCUGUUAACAAGAUGGAAAGUCAACUACCGAACAGAAAAGAGACUUUACCC